AUGGUCGCUGAAGAGGAAGAAGAGAAAUGUAUUGAGAAUCCAGAAAGGAUUAACAUUCAAGUCCCUGAAAAUAAAUUUAAGACGAGAAUCAAUGUUGAAAACAUAUUGAAACCUAUGGACCCGACUCAUUCAGUGUUAUUGAUUUUAAACCAAGAGAUUAAAUUAAAGGAUUUAUUCCUCGAGAUUUGGAAUACACAUCAUAUUCGAGUAUGUGCAGAUGGUGGUGCUAAUCGAUUAUAUGAAUAUUUCCAAGAUGAUGAAGAUGAAGAUGAAGUGGAGAGGUCGUUACAUUUACCGGAUUAUAUUAUUGGUGAUCUUGAUUCGUUGAAAAUGGAAGUUCGAAAAUAUUAUGAAGAUAAAGGUGUAGUUAUUAUACAACAGAAUACACAAUAUUCUACCGAUUUCACGAAGACUGUGAAUCUAGUAAGUUUACAUUAUUUCUCGACAAAAUUCAAAGAUAUCAUUGCGGUGCAGAACAGUACUGCUAAGAAUCAUGGGAUUGGUAUAGAAUGUGGUAUUCAUGAUCUAUACAAUGAGUUGAUGAAGAAUGGAGAUUCAGUUAUGAAGUUUAAUAAGAUAAAUUUAUUGGCAUUAGGUGGAAUUGGAGGUAGAUUUGAUCAAUCGAUACAUUCGAUUACACAAUUAUAUAUUCUUGAACAAACUGAUAAAUAUUUUGAAUUGGCUUAUUUGACAGAGACAGAUUUAAUCUUUUUGGUCCCCGCUGGUGGUACGUUAUUAACAUAUUCAGAGAAUUUUAGGAAUGAAUGUAUUGGCAAUUGUGGAUUAUUACCGUUAGGUGGAAUGACUAAGAUUAUUGAGACCCAAGGAUUGAAAUGGGAUGUUACAAAUUGGAACACAUCUGUUUCUAGUGGUAAAGUCAGUAGUAGUAACAGAUUUGUUGGAAUAGAUGGAUGUUUCAUUAAUUGCAAGGAUAGUAUUGUUCUUAAUAUUGAAAUAUUUAAAGACAAAUUGAUAGAUUUUAUGUAA